AUGGCACCACCUGAACAACGCUCAUUGAGACAAGAGUGCGGAGUCCUCCAUCAGAGAGUCAGCACUCUCGGAGCGGCUACACGAAUUCAUAUCAAUCAGUUCAAACAGCAAAUUCAGACGCUCGAACAACAGACACAGACUCUUGCACAGCAUAACCAUGUACUCGAACAGCAGAAUCAUGCGCUUGAACAACGUAUUCACGCUUUGGAAGCAUCAAACAAGGCAUCCGAGGCCGUGAAAUCUCAUGCCGUAGAGAUGGACUCGACAGGCUCGAUUUGGCUAGCUGAAAGCACAGCAGAAGAUCUUCCUGCAGAAGAGAACCCCGAAGAUCUUUCUUCGAAACAUGUCUCAAGAGAUGACAUCCCUUCGCCUGUCCAGCAGCAAGACUCAUCUGUACCUGCCAUCAACUCUGUUGAGCACCUCUUCUCGCCAGUCCGCCAGCAAGACUCACCUCCACCUACCACCAACGACACUCAGAGUAUCGACUACAGUGUCUGGUACGAAAACGGCACUCUGACAAGCGACGCCCCAGACCACUUCCUCACCACCCAAGACUGGCAAAAUCUCCUCACCACCUUCGCAAGCACCCGCACUUUCUUCGACCAAAAGGACGCACACUGGCACCUCACCACAAACACCAAUGUCUGUGUCCGAGAACUCGCCCAGAAGACCAAGAAAAAGACAGAGUGGACUGUAGACGCGCCAGGCGAGUUUUGCUGUAAGAGAUGCUUCAACACACAGAGAGUGUGCUUGAAGUACAAUGAGCAGUCGCAGCGAUUGGAGGCGUUGCCUUUGCCCGAGGAAGCUAGGCCCGAGGGUGCUGUGCUGGGGGUUGAGUGGUUUGUUGCUGCGCAACCUAAUCUGAGCAACAAGGCUGGGUUCAAGGGGUUGUGGUGA